GAGGAAACAAGCAGUCCAAAGAGGAGGAAACGGUCCCUGAACAAGCGUGGAUACGCUAGUCCUGACACGUACGCCCAUCUGGGAUUGGUGCAUGAUUACCUGGGCUUUGGCUUGGAUGGUUCUCCGGGGGUGAUGUCCGCAGCGACAGGUCAUCAUUUUGCAAACCCCACAAACCAUUUCUGGCGAGCGCUCCACCAAGGCGGCCUAGUCUCCCGCUUCGUACCCGCCUCAGAAGACCACACGCUCCCGGAGAAGUAUAAUCUCGGAAUAACAAAUCUGGUUGAGCGACCAUCCAUCGAGGCUGCCAAAUUGUCCGCGAAAGAGAUGACAGCUGGCGUGCCGGCAUUCUUGGCGAAAGUCAAGAAAUGGAGACCGAGGAUCGUAUGCUUCGUGGGCAAAGGAAUCUGGCUAGCGGUGAAAAAC